GCGCGCGGGGCUCACAUAUGCGCUAUGUAUACCGCGCCGUCACAGUGAUACACCGUUCUCCGUGUUGCGAGACGCUCCUUCGGGUUGCGCGCGCGACAAAGCGAGACUCAUCGAGGACGAAAGCAGUGUCCGGUGGCGGCAAUCAAGACGAUCGAGUCUGUUUUCGAUACACGGUUCCGCUGCGAUGCGCGAUACGCGGCGACUAGUGGUUGGCGAGCGUGUGGAGUGAAGUGAAUUACGUGAAGUGAGUACCAACGUAAAGUGAAAGACCAACAACGGCGGCAGCAGCGGCGGCGACAAGUUUCGCUGCGGCGUGCGUGUAAUAGAGGACAAUAGACGCGCGCGAGUAACGCAAGCUGUGAAAUAGUGAAUCGGGAAGACAAAUCGCAUGGACAGGAAGAAGUGCGGUGAAACGAUGAGGACGUCGGCGGCGGCGGCGGCGGCGGCGGUGACGGUGGUGACGAGGCGCCCCCAACGACGCACCUGAACGACGAACGGCGAUGACGACGUCGUGAUGCGUCGUAGCGUGUCGCUCCAGUAUCACACAGCAGCAGCAGGCAUCUCGCUCCGACCGUGACGCGACGUGAUCGUGACGUGACGCGGGACGGAGGACCGUUCUCUUAUUCGUGUGCGAGCGAGUAAAGAACGAGUGUGGGAGAAAGAGACGAAAUUCAUCUCCUGUGACUUCUCUAGACAGUGGAAAAGAGACAGAAAGAGUGUGCGCGCGAGCGAUUGCUGACGAGCGCGCUGGAGUGUUGUGUCCCUCCCCUCUACUCCUCUCGUGCUUCGUAUACGUUCUCGCGUUUCGUUUUGACACGCGUCGCACGUCAUCGUCAGCGGAGCGACGGUACAUCGGAUUACCAUCCGUCGCUCGCGAAUGAGCGAGACAGACACUGACCGCACACAUACGUAAUAAACACCGAUACGGCAACGACGCUACGGAUUGCUUAUACAGAGAGACGCUCACGAGUCUCCGACCUAAUCGCUCUUUUCACUCGACCAUCCAGCGACGCACGGAAUAACGACGGUGCAUAACUUGUGUUUACGUUGAGAAGGAUUGACCGGCCACCACGGCGACCAUGUACGCGAAAGGCAAGGGGUCGUCGGUGCCCUCGGACUCACAAGCGAGGGAAAAAUUGGCGCUUUAUGUAUAUGAAUACUUGCUACAUGUAGGUGCACAAAAAGCAGCACAAACAUUUCUAUCAGAGAUUCGAUGGGAGAAAAAUAUUACACUUGGAGAACCACCUGGGUUUUUGCACUCUUGGUGGUGUGUGUUUUGGGAUUUGUACUGUGCAGCACCCGAGAGGAGAGAUUCUUGUGAACACAGCAGUGAGGCCAAAGCAUUUCAUGAUUAUGGAUUUGUGAACAGUGCUUACAACGUCAACGGCAUUGCACAUAAUGCUGGACCAGCUCCAUCUCCAAUUGGUCAAAUGCCACCAAAUGAUGGAAUGCCAGGUGGUCCUAUACCUCCUUUCUUCGCAUUUAUGGGCCCCAGAGGGUAUCCAGCAGGACCACGACCCGGUGUACGUAUGCCACAAAUGGGAAAUGACUUUAAUGGGCCACCAGGACAACCAAUGAUGCCAAAUAGCAUGGAUCCCACUAGGCAAGGCGAAGCUGGAGAGUUUGUAGGGUGGCAAGGUCCGCCCGGAAUGAACCCCAUGAACCCGAGAAUGAAUCCGCCACGAGGACCAGGCAUGGGUCCGAUGGGUCCUGGAACUUACGGUCCAGGUAUGAGGGGUCCACCGCCCAACAGUACUUUGGGCCCGGGAGGACCAGGAGGCCCCGGAAUGCCGCCGAUGAGUAUGGCUGCUCCGGGUGGUAGACAACAGUGGCAACCGAACACAUCCACGCCAAUGAACUAUUCGUCGUCAUCACCGGGUAACUACGGAGGGCCACCCGGGUCAACAGGACCGCCGGGACCCGGCACACCUAUUAUGCCCAGCCCUCAGGAUAGCAGCAAUAGCGGAGGAGAAAAUAUGUAUACCAUGAUGAAACCUGUACCUGGAGGAAAUAUGCCGGGUGAUUUUCCGAUGAGUGGCGGACCAGAAGGCGGUCCAAUGGGACCCAUGGGUCCUAAUACAAUGGGACCGGUUCUAAACGGCGACGGUCUCGAUGGGAUGAAGAACAGUCCGGCUAACGGCGGUCCUGGGACACCGCGGGAAGAUAGCGGCAGUGGAAUGGGUGAUUAUAAUCUGGGUGGAUUCGGAGCUCCUGGAGAGAAUGAUCAGACCGAGUCAGCGGCCAUUUUGAAGAUCAAGGAGAGCAUGCAGGAAGAGGCGAAGAGGUUUGAGAAGGACUCAGAUCAACCCGAUUAUUUCAUACAAUAACUCUUCACGAGUCGUUGGACCCCGAGACCAAAUUAACAAUUUUAAGGGAUAAAACACAAUCGAUUUCCUUUCUUCCUUUAGUCCGGUAAAACUAUUCCUAUAUCCCUCCAUCAACCCCCUGUGCCGUGGAACCAACCCUUCCCUUCCUCGUACGUUCUCUCUUUCUCUCUCUCUUUCAUCCAUUUCUCGGACUUCUACUGCACCUCUCCUUGCAAGAUCUUCCUCUCCUCUCUUAUAUCCGAGCCGAACGGCGUAGACCGAUUUGACCGAGGAAGGGCGCAAGAGAUCUCUUUCUGUGCGCACCGGUGAUCCUUUUUGCCGCGCGUUAUUGCGACGUCGACGAGAAGCCACCGUGCCAGGACAAGUGAGAUCCUCGAGACGGAGACAGAAAGAGAGCAUCAGUUUCGUGCGACUCUCACGUCGACCGACGUUUUCACAUACAUAGUAAUGUUGUACAGUGACAUUGACAAUGUUGUUAUCCUUAAGAUGGGUAUGCGCGCUGCGAACGAGCAAAUGUGAGCGAGCACAAAGACAAAUCUCUAUAUUCCAAGACUUAAUUUAUUAAGAAUCUUACUAAUCUAUAAUCUAUAUUUAAGAAUCUUAAAAAUUUUAAGAAUCAUCAGAAUCAUGAGAAUCUUGAGAAUCUAUUUAAGACUUUCUUACGUGUGUCGUGUUAUGCAAAUCAAACCAAAUGAAAAUGAAUGCACAUUUGUAUAACGAUCGUUGCAUUUAUCAUUACACGAACAUUUUCUGUAUCUUGAAUAGAAAAAUUUGCAUUUGCUGUUUGCUUGUUCAUCGCUCGCUCGUUCAGCGCACGCCCAUCUUCGGGCUGCGACCGCGAACAUUGUUCCAGUAUCUUAGAACGUGAGAGAGAGUGAUACUAUAUUAAUGUAAACGCGUUAAACUUCUGAAAUUUUUACGAGGAAUGCAUUCCAGGAAUAGCCCGCGAAAUUUCCCAAACGAUUUUCUCGAUCGCAGUCGUUGUCCGUUCUCUGCGACAAUCUCCAUCGCAGUAUCCAAGUGUAUAUCCUUCGUCGUUGUCGCGAAGAUGGAAGCUGCGUCGUCCGAAUGUGGAAGACCUUUGGUAUUCCGUCACGAUCGAGGACCAAAUUAAUUCUAUCGUACGAUAAGUAUGCGAUUAUCUUACCAUCUCACCCAAGCAAGCAAGUUUACGAGAGGAAAGGGGCGUUCCAUUUAUAUUUGUAACCGGUUACAGAGCAUCCUGCUUAUGGACUUGUGUUUUUUUGUGACCGCGUUCCGCGAUAAUCAAUCGCGGUUCUGGACGACUCACGACACUGUUUGUAGCAUUCAUCAUGUACGAAUUUUUAUCAGCUCUUAUGUGAAACAGAAUUUGAUGUUUGCUUUGAUAUGUUUAUGAAUCUUUACAUUUCAAAAAAAAAAGACACGUUGCAAUUUUAAUCGUCAUUUGUAUAAUGUGCUUUAAUUGUAGCACAUUUGACUUUAUUUUUAUAAAUGAUAGAGUUGUAAAAUUAUUACUGGAUAAUUAUUAAUUAUGGAUUGCUGUUUGUUGAUUAAGAAAUGGGAAAGAAGUCAAUCUCUUGGUUUAAAUAUUUAUUUGGUGCAACACAAUUUUAAUUAAUUGGCUUUAUUUGAGUUUUAUUUAAUCAAAUAUCAAUUUGAUCUCGUUUAAUAAAAUAUAAUGUCUUAAUAUGCAUUUGAAAGAUCUGAAAAAUUGUAAGAUGUUUUCUUUUGUAAAAAUUAUUUUUGUUUUUUAAAAGUCUUUAGAAGAGAGAAGCAAUAUUUCAAAAAAAAUUGUAUUAUGUGCCUAAAAAAUACUUUCUUGCAGGUUUAUUACAAAUUGUUUUCUAAAGUAUAUCCUUAUUAAAUAUUUAUCUCGUCAGAUAUCAUACACGUCAAAUAAUUGGUAAGUUACCGACUGUAAUUCAGCAUCUUAAAUACUAUUGUGUGAUUGUAUGUAACUUGCUAGGAUGAUGACUAUGCUCCUGAGGUCCUUUCGAUGCUUUGUAAUCGGUCGUGAAUAAUUGCUAGGAUCACCGUUUUAACAAUUUUUAUAAAAACAAUUAACUGGAUCGUGUAAUUGCCGUCAGAUUUUAUACACGAUGCGUUUUUCUCUUAAAUUCGAUAUAAUUAUUUCCUUUUGACAAUGUUCUUGGGACAAAAUUUUUUAUACACUAUUGUGCAAUAUCUCCGAAAUUACUGUACUACCAUAAAUACUCGAAUUUCUCAUUGCUGUAUCAUUAAUCGUGAAUUAUCAAGAUUCGUCUGAAAGCGCGACGUCCCUUUCAUGAGAGCGAUACACGCAUGAGAUCCCUCGAUUAUCGCAAUUUAAUUUAGCAAAUAAUUGAUUUCUUCUUAGAGGAGAUAAGAGAUAUGAAAAGGCGAUAAUUUUGAUUGCUCUCUCUCUCUUUCUCUCUCUCUCUCUCUUUCUCUCUCUCUCUACCGUUGCAUUCAGGAUAUUUUACAUGGUAAUUUUGUAUAAAGAAUAGAGUUCCAUAAGAAGUUUUUUCUGGGCAUUCAUUACGUCUGUUCUUUUUAGAUACACUUUUUUUCUACGCUUCUUCUCUUCCUUUUUUCUCUUUCCAAAGCGUAAACGUAUAGUUGUUUCGUUUUAAGUAUAGAAAGCGUAAAGGGAAGUGCAGCUAAUGAGAACAGAUACAAUGAUCAAGGUGUAUUGCGACGGAGGAGAAUACUGAUAAUUUUAUUAUCGAGUCACAACGAAUUCUUCUAAUCUCGCAUCAGUCUGUUUUCGAUUUUCGUAUUAUCAAUGAGAAAAAAAAUUUUAUUCAAAAUGUUUCAAAAUAUUUGAAACAUUUUUUAUGCUAUUGUUUCGUAAAGUUAACAAACGAUAUUUCACUGUUAAUUCUUAUCUUGACCACAAAAGACUAUGGUUAAGAAUAAUAUUAAUUACAUUAAUAUGUUAAUAUAAUACUAAUUAUAUUAAAAUAUAAUAAUGUGUCCGAAAUAAUUUUCUAAAAAUUAUUUCGCUAUAAGAACAAAUUGUUUUGCUGCAAUAAAUUAUUUUUAUAAAAAAUUUAGUUAAAUUUUUCAUAAAAAUAACAUAACAAAACAUAUUUUAUUGACUAUAGUAGCGGAGUAUGAUUGCUUUUACAUUAAAUAUGCAAAAGAGCAAUGGUUUUGUUACAACAAUAUUUCAUAUUUGUCAUUUUAUUAGCAUAAAAUAGAAACAUUUAAUAAAAUUUUAAAUUAAAACAUAUGAAAUUGCGAAAUAAAAACGUACAAUAAAAUUGCGAAUUAAAAGAUAAUAGAAGGUUUUUCUCAGCCUUGAUGAGUUGAGAUUAGAGGAGUUCGAUUGUACUUUAAUCCGUCAUAUAAGGCGAAGGGAACGGAUUUCCGCAAUCCCUUGAUGGGAUUGCGCCUUAUGUUACAUACGUCCUUGUAUAUGUAUAUUGCUAAGUUUUUAAAUGUAUGUAUUCGGACUUAAUCAUUAUCUCGCUUUUCAUAUUCUUUAUUUAAGAAUAUAUAUAUUUCGGCAUUAACGUAUAGAAGAGCGAGUGUAAAAAAGUAAAGUCUUCGUCGCAAGAGUACGUGUUUGACCCUUUCACUACUUUAAAUACAAGCGAGUUAAAGUUACGAUUGGCAGAUACGACGUUGAGAUCUGCUCCUUUGCAAUGGACAAAUUGAGAAAUCGGUAGUGAAAGGGUUGAAAAUAUAAUUCGAGAUAGUGAUUAAGUCCCGUUAUAAGUCUCGUAUUUACACAUUCGCGAUCGAGAGGGCCCGGUCCAAUAUUCGAUCGCGAUCGAAGGGUAAGAGGAAAAAAAGAAGAUAGAGAUAUAAAUCGAAUCGCGCAUUAGUUCUUCGCAGAUCAGUCGGAUGAAGUUGCGGGCAAAAACUGAUUAUGCGUGGUCGAUUAAAUUUUAUCGAGCGAAUUCACAUUUUCAAAGCAGCAUUCCCUUUUCUCUUCCCCUCACGUUUGGCCCUGUCCUAUCCUUGUAAUUAAUUUACAUGACGCAUACUCAUUGUAACACCGUUCACACACGGGCUGUAAAAUCGCGCGGCUGACCUCACGCAUUCUACGGACUCACGCAUGAUUAUCGACAUAAUUAUAGAUAUCUAUUACGAAUAUAGCAUUCAGUAGCAUAAAUAAUAAAAUAAUUAAAUAAAUGUCAUCUAUAUCCUCCAA